AUGGGGAUGACAAUGUGGCCCACGGCGUUGAAAUGUGCAAAACUUUUGGGCAAUCUUGUUCAGACUUUGGCAACUCAAUUUGAAACUGCUGAAAGUGCCCAUAGGCGCGAGCACAGCCUUUCCGCCGGUGCGAAAAAGGAUAUGAUAUCGGCCCACACUGGGGACUUCCGGCGCAAAGGCCUGACGGUCAACACCACCGCGGAGCUCCGCACCAAGUUGCGGGGGCUGGACCUGCCGUCGUCUGCGAGUUUGAGGACGAUCGUGCUCUCCUCAUAUUCCACCUGGGCGGCCAGAACCAUCACCCUGAAGGGGGGCCGUGCUGCGUCGGCCGGGGAGGGCAAAGUCAAGGCACCUGCAUCGCGCGGCGGCCCGGAUGAUUCGACCGCCAGCGACAGGCAUAAGACAGCUGUUCACCACCAGGUGUAUGCGAUUGAUAAGGGCAUGCCCCAUGGCCUUACACUAGGCGUCUCGAAGCAUUUCUCGCUGCCUAAAAAGCCUGGCAUGCCUAUACCAGCUCCCAUGUCUUCAUCCCUCACGCAGAUCGGGUCUGGGAAACUGGCCAAAGCGCACGCCAGGCUGUCCCUACAAUCAAUUUCUCUGAGAGAUGGCAGCGAGGGAACGUUCACCAUCGACCGAACAAUGACCCGAUCACGUCUCCUGCCGUAG